CAAAUGGAGUAGUAAUUUAGUCAAACAAAGUCAAAGAAACAGUACUAGUACAAUAUUUUUUUACACCAAAAGAAACAGUACAAAUUAACAACAAAAAAACAAAAGAAAAGAAAAACGCGUUUUGUUUGGGAAACAACAGAGUUUGCGUUGAGUCGUGUUUGUCUCUUCUUUCUCUGUACUUUCUUUCUUUCCUCUUGGCAAAUUCCAAUUAGGGUUUUCAGAAGAAAAAAAACCCUUUUUUCUCUCUCACUUCAAUUCAAGUGUGAAGAAUUAGGGUUUUCUUCAAUUGAUUCUUCUUUCUUCUUCUUCUAUGAGAGAUGUUUUCUUCUAUCAAAUUUAUUUCCUUUACUCAAUUCAACUUCAUCAUCUUUUUCUUCUCCAUUUUUCUCUUCUUAGCUUCUCAAUACGACGCCGUUUCACUCUAUUCCGAUAAAUUAACACUUCUCCGUCUCAAAAACUCACUCUCCGACCCCACCGGAGUUCUCUCUUCAUGGAGCCCUUCCUCCGGCCACUGUUCCUGGUAUGGUGUUCACUGUGAUUCAAGCUCCCGUGUCGUUGCUCUCAACAUCACCGGUGCCGGAGAUGGUAACCGGAGUUCACACCCAUGUUCUGAUUUUGGUAUGUUUCCGCUUUAUGGAUUUGGAAUUAGGAGAAGCUGUUUGGGUUUUAAGGGUUCUUUGUUUGGAAAGUUUCCAUCUUUGAUCAGUGAGUUAACUGAGCUUAGGGUUUUGUCUUUACCUUUCAAUGGGUUGGUGGGUUCAAUUCCUCAAGAGAUUUGGAGUAUGGAGAAACUUGAAGUUCUUGAUUUAGAAGGUAAUUUCAUUAGUGGUUAUUUGCCUUUUCAUUUUCAAGGUUUGAGAAAAUUAAGGGUUUUGAAUUUGGGGUUUAAUAAGAUUGUUGGAGUUGUACCUAGUGUUUUAUCUUCUCUUGAGAAUUUAGAGGUUUUGAAUUUAGCUUCAAAUGAUUUGAAUGGUUCUGUUCCUGGUUUUGUUGGGAAGUUUAGAGGGGUGUAUUUGUCUUUUAAUCAAUUUAGUGGAGUUAUUCCUGAGGAGAUUGGUGAGAAUUGUGGGAAGCUUGAGCAUUUGGAUUUGUCUGGUAACUCUUUGGUUGAAGAGAUUCCGAAGAGUUUGGGGAAUUGUAUUGGGUUGAGGACACUUUUGUUGUAUUCAAAUUUGUUGGAAGAGGGUAUUCCUGCUGAAUUUGGGAACCUUAAGAGUCUUGAGGUGUUGGAUGUUUCGAGGAAUACACUUAGUGGUUCUAUUCCUCACGAGCUUGGAAAUUGUAAAGAGCUUUCUGUUGUUGUGCUUUCUAACCUUUUCGAUCCGGUUGGGGAUGUUGGGUUUGUUACUUUGAAUGAUGAGUUGAAUUAUUUUGAAGGUUCAAUGCCCGAGGAAGUUGUUUCCCUUCCUAAGCUUACGAUUUUGUGGGCUCCCAUGGUGAAUUUGGAAGGAAGUUUUCCUAGGAGUUGGGGUGCUUGUGGUAAUUUGGAGAUGGUUAAUUUGGCUCAGAAUUUCUUCACCGGAGAGUUUCCAAACCAGCUUGGUUUCUGCAAGAAGCUGCAUUUUCUUGAUCUAAGCUCAAACAAUCUUACUGGGCAGCUUUCUGAGGAACUUCAUGUUCCAUGUAUGACUGUGUUUGAUGUUAGUGUGAACAAGUUAUCUGGUUCAGUUCCAGAUUUCUCCAACAAUGGUUGUUCUCCCUUUCCUUUAUGGAAUGGGAACCAGUUUAACACCGAUGAUGUUAUGACUCCUUAUGCAUCAUAUUUCUCAUCAAAAGUUCGUGAGAGAACACUUUUCACAUCAUUAGGGGGAGUUGGCCUUUCAGUCUUUCACAGCUUUGAGCAAAACAACUUCACUGGCAUUCAGUCACUGCCAAUAGCACGUGAGAGGAUGGAGGAAAAGAGUGGUUACACACUUCUUGUCGGAGAGAACAAGCUCACGGGACCGUUUCCUACAUAUUUGUUUCAGAAAUGUGAUGGAUUAGAUGCAUUGCUUUUGAAUGUGAGUUAUAAUAUGCUAUCUGGUGAGAUUCCUUCAAAUAUUAGUAGAAUCUGCAGAUCACUGAAAUUUUUGGAUGCAUCUGGAAAUCAAAUUUCAGGACCAAUUCCCUCUACUUUAGGGGAUUCGGUUUCUCUUGUUUCCCUGAAUCUCAGUAGCAACCGGUUACAAGGUCAGAUUCCCACCCGCCUCGGACAGAUGAAUCAUCUGAAGUUUCUUUCUUUGGCCGAUAAUCACUUGAGCGGUUCAAUUCCUACCGGCCUAGGAAAUUUGUACUCUUUACAAGUCUUGGACCUUUCUGCAAACUCUCUUACUGGUGAGAUUCCAAAUUUUAUUGAGAACAUGAGAAAUCUGACUGAUGUUUUGCUAAAUAACAACAACCUUUCUGGACACAUUCCUGCUGGUUUGGCAAAUGUCACGACACUCUCUGUAUUCAACGUGUCUUUCAAUAACUUAUCUGGAUACUUGCCGUCAAAUAGUAGCCUGAUCAAAUGCAGCAGUGCUGUUGGUAAUCCAUUUCUAAGUUCCUGCCGCGGAGUUUAUUUAACUGUGCCAUCGGCAAAUCAACAAGGGCAGUUUGAUGACAAUUCUUCUGAAACUGCACCAGCUACUGGAAAAACUGAUAACGGUUUCAGCGCUAUUGAAAUAGCAUCUAUAACUUCUGCUACUGCCAUUGUUUCAGUUCUUAUAGCUCUCAUUGUUCUGUUCUUCUUCACGCGAAGGUGGAAACCGAAAUCCAGGGUUGGUGGUUCUGCCAAAAGAGAAGUUACCGUGUUUACUGAUAUCGGCAUUCCAUUGACAUUUGAAAAUGUUGUCCAAGCCACAGGAAAUUUCAAUGCAAGCAACUGUAUUGGGAGUGGAGGAUUCGGCGCAACUUAUAAGGCAGAGAUAUCACAGGGAAUCUUGGUUGCAGUGAAACGUCUUUCAGUUGGACGUUUCCAAGGUGUUCAACAAUUCCAUGCAGAGAUUAAGACACUUGGAAGGCUUCAUCAUCCAAAUCUUGUAACUUUGAUUGGCUACCAUGCUAGUGAGACAGAGAUGUUUCUCAUAUACAAUUAUCUUCCAAGUGGUAAUCUUGAAAAGUUCAUCCAAGAGAGAUCCACAAGGGCUAUGGAUUGGAAAAUUCUUCACAAGAUUGCAUUAGACAUAGCGCGCGCACUUUCCUAUCUGCACGAUCAAUGUGUACCGCGUGUUCUUCAUCGUGAUGUCAAACCUAGCAAUAUCUUGUUGGACGACGAUUUCAACGCUUAUCUAUCCGACUUUGGACUGGCGAGACUUCUCGGAACUUCAGAGACACACGCCACAACUGGUGUGGCGGGAACGUUUGGGUACGUUGCUCCUGAAUAUGCCAUGACGUGUCGUGUUUCUGAUAAAGCUGAUGUGUAUAGCUAUGGUGUGGUGCUUCUUGAGUUGCUAUCAGAUAAAAAAUUAUUGGACCCUUCAUUUUCUUCUUAUGGAAAUGGUUUCAAUAUAGUAGCAUGGGGAUGCAUGCUAUUGAGGGAAGGAAGAGCAAAGGAGUUUUUCGCUGCAGGUUUAUGGGACGCCGGACCAGAAAAUGAUUUGGUAGAGGUUCUUCACUUAGCAGUUGUUUGUACUGUUGACUCACUAUCAACAAGACCUACAAUGAAACAGGUUGUGAAAAGGCUUAAGCAACUUCAACCUCCAUCAUGCUAACUCCUUGUGCGGCUGUGCACUUUUGAAAUCAUUAUUAAUUGGAGCGAUAUUGUCUUCCACUUUUAAUUUGUAACUGUGUAAUUUGUGAUUUAUUAGAUUGGGUCCUUUUUUAUGGACUUGUAUUAGGUAGAGUUCCCCAAUUUGUACUUAAUCAUCCCCUUGUAAAUUUUAAUAUAGUUGUAACCCCAAUUUUCCAUGCAAUUUUCUUGAUUAGUUUAGGGGGCUUGGUGAUGAUUCUGCAGAAGAAUGUAUAUGUUUGAUUUCCACGCCAUAGGCACCUUUUUCAUCUCUUUUUUGUUCAAUAAAAUUAUAGAAUAGAAUCAGUUUUU